UCGUUACGAAUAAUUUCUAGUUUGCGAUCAUCGGUCGGUUAUUCCCGAUAAGUAAGUUCGUUAAAUAGUUAUUUUCCUUAAGAAAAUAACAGUUUGAUGAUUCCAGCGUCGUGGGAAUUCCGAGACGUCUGAAGUUGGAAAUUAUCCACUCAAAACUCGAUCUUUUCGAAUGCGUUUAUGACAAACAUGUCGUCGGGCCGUAGUGAAUGAGUGGUAUCGCCGAUAGAUUUUAAGAAUGCGCGCUUCCAAUGUUUUGCCCGCGUUUACGUUCCUAAUAUUUUGUAACUAUGUGUAUGGUUCUUCAUUCUGGAACGUAACUAGAUCCAAACGACAGUUGCAAUGUGGGUUCCGAUGUAGAAGUGACAACAAAUGCCUUCAUAUCUCAAAAGAAUGCAAUGGAAAGGUAGAUUGUGACGAUGGCAGUGACGAAGAGUGUGCAAAUAAUAGUUGUCCUGGAUAUGUAUUUCAGUGCAAUUACGGUGCUUGCAUAAAAAAGGAGUUUGUAUGUGAUGGAAAGCCGGACUGCAAAGAUAAUUCAGAUGAGACUGCGCCAAUUUGUGGCACAAAACAAAAUAAUUGCAGAAAUGAUCAGUUCCAGUGCAAAAACAAAGAUUGUAUAGACUUUAGAUAUGAGUGCAAUGGACGAGCAGAUUGUGUAGAUCAAUCUGAUGAGACAAACCAUUGCAACGAUCAGUAUUGUCUUCCAUUUUUAUUCAGAUGUAAUUAUGGAGCUUGUAUCAACCCCACAGCGAAAUGUAAUGGGGUCAUAGAUUGUGUGGACGGUUCGGAUGAGUCCGUGUCACUUUGUGGUUCUACAUCACCUAACCCAAUGCCGGUAACACCCUCUGGAGCACCACCGACAGUGCCAACCACUAAGCCGACGAGAACAACCACUCAGGGCCCAAUAUUAGACAAUGGCGAAUGUAUCCUACCCCAACAUCAAGAACAUGGAGAGUACAAAUUGAUAAUUGGCGGAUCGUAUGUUCCUUCCACAAAAGUUAUUCCUGGCACACUAAUUAGACUAGAAUGUAAGAAAACCUACGGCCUUAAUUCUAAUAGGACAUAUACAGCUUGUAUUGAUGGAAAAUGGGACGAAUCAUUCACUUGUUUGAAAUCAUGCAAGUCGUUAUAUUCAACGAAGGCCACAAAAAUUUCAUGCACAUAUGAAGACAAGCCGUGGAGUUGUGCAAAAGCAAUUGAAGGCACGUGGCUGCAAUUUACUUGUGAAACGUUUUAUGAAAAUGCAGGAACCGAUAGUUGGAGUUAUUGCUCCGGCGGUUCUUGGAGCUUUACACCCAGAUGUACACCAGUGUGUGGCCAAAAGCGUGUUGAUACAGCACAACUAUCUGUGGGUGGCACAAAGGUCGUAAAGGGUGACUAUCCUUGGCAAGUGGCUCUUUUCAAAAAUAUUGGGGGAAGUUUCGAAAAUCUAUGUGGUGGAUCGUUACUUAAUGAAAGAAUUAUAAUAACAGCUGCCCACUGCGUUACUGUAGAGUCUGAUCUAUCAAAUGUAGUGACUAAUCCAAAGGAAUUCAGAGUUGCAGCAGGAAAGUACUAUAGAAUAUUCCAACAUCCAGAUGAUACAUUUGCCCAAAUUCGUGAAGUUUCAAAAAUUUGGUAUCCUGAGGUAUAUAGAGGUUCUCUCACAUAUUACAUUGGCGAUCUAGCUCUGAUUCAGGCCGACAAACCUUUUGUUUUGAUGAAAGUUGUCCAACCAGUGUGUUUCGAUAAAAGUAAUAUAUUGACUUUAGAACCAAAUAAGGGAGGAGUUGUAACUGGGUGGGGAUACACGCAACCUGGUGGAGCACCAUCAGAUGAACUACAAGAGAUUAAAAUUCCAUAUGAAGAUAGUGCAGUUUGUAAGACUAGAUUACCAAGUGACUUCGUGAAGUUAUAUUUUGGAUACGAUAAAUUUUGUGCCGGCUAUUUUAAUAGCAGUAAAGCCUUGUGCGAAGGCGACAGUGGUGGAGCUUUGGUGUUCAAACAAACUGAUGGUAAAUAUUACGUUAAAGGAAUCGUAAGUAAUGCUCCCAGAGUAGGUGGUAGUUGUGACAUUCAGCAAUAUACUUUGUUUACUAAUGUUGACAAAUACACUACGGAUGUGAUGAAAUUUAUGGCUCAGUAUACGUAAACUUUUAUAAGUAAAUAAUUUUAUUUUUCUAUAUUUACUGUAUUAAAACUAAAUAAAAAAAGUUU